CUGCGGUGCGGUCAUUCAGCAGGAUUCUUCGUCUUCAGCACUUGUUGUGUAGUACAGUGAGCUUCAUCAGUGUAUCACAACGGGAUGAGACACAUGUGGAUGCUCAGGUGUCACGUGCGGUCACGUGUGCAGGAAUAUAAACGUCGAAAUGGAAGUUCUAAAGCGAGUCUGUCUGGAUUACACAGGGAUUUACUGCACUGUACCUCAAACGAUUCCCUGUGCACAGAUGGAAACGCUGUGUUGUGGAUGUUAUACGGAGGUUUUGACGUCAUACUUCGUUAAAGCACACUGAAGCGGAGAGGUGUUUGUGUGAUGUCAGUCAACACGUCUCUUCAUGUCUCCAACACGUCUCGCCUGCCUCCAGCGGUGGAAUGGACGGCUCCCAGCUUCACUCGGGCGGCUCAGGCUCGUGUGGCCGCCACCACGCUCCUCUUCCUCUUCGCUGCCGUCAGUAACCUGGCGCUGCUGGUCAGCGUGUCACGCGGGCGUGGCCGGCGGCUGGCGUCUCACCUGCGUCCCCUCAUCAUGAGUCUGGCGUGUGCGGAUCUGAUGAUGACGUUUAUCGUGAUGCCGCUGGACGUGGCGUGGAACGUGACGGUUCAGUGGUACGGCGGUGGCGGACUCUGUAAGCUGCUGUGCUUCCUCAAACUGUUCGCCAUGCAAACCUCCGCCUUCAUACUGGUGGUCAUUAGUCUCGACCGCCAUCACGCCAUCCUGCGACCGCUCGACUCGCUUAAUGCCCAUCACAGAAACCGCAAGAUGUUACAGCUGGCCUGGAUCCUCAGCGCUCUGAUCGCUUCACCGCAGCUGUUCAUCUUCAGAACGGUCAAAGCCCAGCACGAGGACUUCACUCAGUGCGUCACACACGGCAGUUUUCACGAGCGCUGGCACGAGACGGCAUACAACAUGUUUCACUUUGUGACUCUGUAUGUGAUUCCGCUGCUGGUCAUGAGCUGCUGCUACACCUGCAUCCUCAUCGAGAUCAACAGGCAGCUGCACAACACCAAAGAGUCCUCUCUCAGACGCAGUGGCACCGACAUGAUCCCGAAGGCUCGGAUGAAGACGCUGAAGAUGACCAUCAUCAUCGUCCUGUCGUUCGUGGUGUGCUGGACGCCGUAUUACCUGCUGGGCAUCUGGUACUGGUUCCAGCCGGAGAUGUUGAAUGUCACGCCCGAGUACGUCCAUCACCUGCUCUUCGUCUUCGGUAACCUGAACACCUGCUGUGAUCCCGUCAUCUAUGGUCUUUACACGCCUUCCUUCCGCGCAGACCUCGCCCGCUGCUGCCGCUGCCGCUCCGCCGCUGGAUCUCCUCUCGCUCUGGACCCGCUCCCAGCACAGCAGGGCAGUGAACACAGAUCUGACCCGCCGGCACCGUGAGACAAGAGACCCGACUGCUGUAAUCAUGUGACAGUACUGGACGUGUGAUGGGAAACACCAGCAAUUUGAGAGAAUUAAGAAAGACCAUUUUUACAUGAUAUUUAUUAGGUUCUACAAGAACCUGUCUGUUAAGAUCUUCCUCAUAGAAAGACCAAUACUGUACAGCCGCAGAAAACAUGAAGAGAGCAUUCCAAAUCUUCAUGUAAUCAGCAUUUCCAGAUGUGUUGUGGUCAUUCCAGUCCAGUGUCUGUUGAAUUUCAACGAAGUCAAACCUCAGGAGUGACGUAAAGUCAUCCAACAGCCAUGGGAAAGACUCCAGACACGUGAAAAGUGUCAUGAAAAUCCAGAUUAGCGCAUAAAAAACUUUUCCUAAACGCAUACGACUUAAGUGAAAGUGAGUCGGCACUUGUUUUCUUUGCGGUAUUUGAGGUCUGAAAAAACACACAUCACCAUUACUGUUAUUUUCACCUGUUUCUCCAGUUUUCAUUUUCUGAAAAUAUAUGCGAAUAGAAAUAUUGUUAGUAGUUCACAGAAUGAAACAAGAACGAUCAAUUUACCUAAACGCACACCUAGAAAUAGUAAAUUCAGAAAAACUGAAAUGGUCUCUUCAUUUUUUGGAUCAAUGCGACGCGACAGUAAAUAAAGUCAAUAUCAUGUGGACUUUUAGGGGAUGUUUGAUGUAAUUAUGCCUUAAAGAUGGAGAGUCAAACCACACAAGACCUCAGAGAGAUCCAGCAGCGCCGCAGGUUCACACGCAUUCAGAAAGAAUUCACUUUUAUAAGAAGCUCAGAGCAGAUUUACCCACAAUCCUCUGCAGCUUUAGAAUAACUCUGCAGAUUUCCCAGCGUGCUUCUGUUAUUAAAACAGCCGUGUGUCGGAUCUGUUCUCCGUUUAACACAUCGUGUUCGGCUGCCUGCUGCAGUUCGGAUAUUCUGGGAUUUCUGUGAAGAACAUCGGCAUCAGACCGAAACAUCAGAAGGACAAACUCACACUUCAGGUCUGACGUAUUCAUCAAAAUAAACCUAGUAUAAAUAUGUGCAGACACCACUUGAACGACAGGUGUGUUUUCCAUUUCGUCCACUGGGCAUCUGAAUGAAGUCAUAUUGAUGAGACCGUAUCAGUGCUGACGACACUAAACACACAGCGACACCUGCACGUGAGCUGCUGAAUGAAACAUGACGUCUGUCUCAGCGACCGGGUCACGGGAUGAGGGUUUGCACGUUUCCAUAGCAACGCUGGCAGGCCGCUGCACAUUAGAACAUAACACAAGUAACAUUUAACGAUUGUUUAUUUGGGCGGGAUUGAGACUUUGUUUUGCUAACCGAAGCUUCGAAACAGAACCUGCAUGUGUGUGUCAUUCAUCCCAUCAGCACCUGCAGCUUCUGUAUUGAACAUCCGGUUGAAUUUGAGCCGCUGUGUGAUGCGUUUGCAUUGAAGAAGAGAUCACGUUUCAUUUCUGAGACCGAACAAAGUCACCCGGACCUGAUCUGAACUCGACACGUUUAUUCAAUGAUUUCAUGGUUUCAGUGUACACACUCAUGUUCAACACAGCCCACGCGAGGAAAUACAGUAGUAUACGUUAGUAGUUACUAUAGUAAACUGCAGUAAGACGCAUGGACGCAGUGGUUCUCAAUAUCACUGCUAUAAAGUAUACUACGGUAUUUUGUAGUAUGCAGUAUAUGGUGGAACGAAGCCGAUCGGCACAUUUUUCACAGUUUCUCUCAUUAAGACUCACUCGAUGUGUUCAUGUUCAGGAACAACAGCUGUGACGUUCACACCAACCUGCACAUACUGAAGAAACAGAUCAUCUCAAACUGAAUACCGACCUUCAGACGCUUUGCAUCAUGGGAUGCAGUGUGUUCCGAUUCAUUACAUUCCUGUAGAAUAAUAAAGAAAGAAUCCUGUGGUGUUUCUACUUAACGCUGUUUUAUUUGGCACAUAUGUUUCAAACAGAGAAGAAAAUCACAGCCGAGAAUCUGACUAACACAUCUCAUCAGGAGAAUAAAAGUCUGGUUUCACAUCAGAACAGAAAUCCAUCUGUAAUGUAAAGUGAUGAUGAUGAUGUGAGAUUCUGAGCAGCUGAAUGUAGCAGAAUAACAGCAGGUUAAAGCUACACCAGCGUUUGGUUCUGACACUUUAAGAGAAAAGAAAAAUCCAAAAGUUAAAGCAUCACUUUUCUCAUUGGUACAAGCAUUUCAAUCAGCUAUUCAAUCUAUUUGACUAAAGACAAUCUCUUCUAAACAAUAGACAUGUUGAGACAUUUCCAAUAUCAAAGCAUUCUUAAAUCAAGAUACAGCCACUUGACAAGCAAAGUGACAGAAGACGUUAAGAAAAAUAUCUGCCAAUGGGAUAAGAAAAAGAAAUGUAUUUUGAUUUAAGAACGUUUAGGUACUUGUAUUGUAAAACAAGGCAAAAAUACUGCGUAAAAAAAGAUAUAAUUCAGAUUUCAUCAGGUAAAGCAGCAAACCGAGUCGAGGUAUUUUAAUGUUGAGUUUAAAGUUAGGCCUUGACGUCAUCAACGAACACUUUUGGAAACGCUUGUUCAACAUUCUAUUUGCUUUUCAAUUCUCACACUUCUAACAUUCUUUUUAAUUCUACAGAAAGACUGAAAAAUAAUAUUUAAGGAAUUAAAAGCUGUAUUAAAAAACAACAGUGACAAUACGAAUAACAUCAUAAAACUCUGUUUUGGCAAAACUUUCAUCAGUGGGAAACUUCAUGAAGGAAAAGUUCUCCAAGAGAACAGACGUCUUUCCACGCUUGGCCUCGGUUUUCUACUCUUGUUGUUUUGUGUCAUCUCUUUGUUCAACAAGAAUCAGAGUCCUAAACCUUUAAAGACUUUUAUGUGAAUCCUAGAACAUUAUUUUGGUAAGACGAGUCGAUCUUGUGUGUUGAUCCAUAAAACACACACAAAUCCAAACACAAUAUGAAAACUGGCAUCAGGUGUGUUCAUGUGAAACACUUACGAGGUAUUUGGUUUUAUCAAUACUAAAACGAACCGCUAUUUGGUAUAAUAUCAUAUGAAAAUAUCUCUGACAUUUAGGCAUUGUUAGUUUUCUAGGUGGUGUUGUAGAGAGCGGUGAGAGUUGAGCUUUGGUUUAUGGUCAGCGCACAUGAAAGAAAGAAAUCAUUGUGGAGUGGAAAGAGAAGUUCUUUGGAUGUCCCUCUUUUCACAGACGGAAAACCAGAGGAAAAGAUUCUUCAACAGUCCACACAGACACGGCUGCAUGUUUCAGGCUCCGGCCGUCGCUGUGUAUUCGGUUUGAGGUAGAGGCUUCAUCAGCAGCAGGACGGGACAGUCAAGGGUCUUUGGAUGUUUUUGGUGAAGGGGGAGGGGUUUAAGGAAAGGGGCGGGGUCUGAGGCUGCACAAACACACAUCCACAAAAUGUGUUGAGGAACAUCUCUAAUGGCUUUCUAGCAGACAGUAGCUCUCUCGCUCUCUCUCUCAAAGCCUAACUAGACAGUAUUUUUGGCAUCAAAGACGAGCUCAUGUCUGUUGUGAUCAGAAUGCUGAACUUUGCCGAUCUAUAAAUAUUCUAAUAAAAAACCUUUUGCACGAGUGCACGGUGUCUGUCAUCGAGUCGAUCUCUGGAUGAAAGUAUGAAGUCUGGAUUGGUGGGAGAGGGUUCAUUCGUCUUUUUUAGUUUUUCUUUAGCUGUCAGUCUUAUGACUUAUUAUGACACAAAUGUUGUGACUGCGUCCUGAAUCUCCAGCAGCAUCACUGUGUGUGUGUGUGUGUGUGUGUGUGUGUGUGUGGACUGCAGCUCGGGGGGGGGUGGG